GACGUUGUCGAGAGGAGAGUUGGAGCCAUGGCGUCCAAGGCUAUGAGUAGCGGGCGCUGGGAGGUGGUUAAAAAGGGCCGGCGACCUGGAGCAGGCGUCGGCGGUCGAGGAGGAGGCGGCGGAGAUCGCCGGGCGCUCGGAGAGGCUAAUGGAGUGUGGAAAUACGACCUGGCCCCUCCAAUCCAGACCACAAGCACCCUUUAUGAGCGGGGCUUUGAGAAAAUCAGGAAGCGGCAGAAUAAGGAACAGGUUCCACCCCCUGGUGUGGAGUCUAAGAAACUUGCCAGCAAGAAGCAACCAAAGAAGGUGGCAACUGUUAACAACCAAAACCAGAAGCAGGGCCCAUUCCGCAGCCUGGAGGCUGCACUGAAAGCUCUGGAUGUGGAAGCUCUGCAGAAGGAACUGGACAAGAGCCAGAGUGUGUUCACUGGGAACCCCUCCGUGUGGCUGAAGGAUCUGGCUAGCUAUCUCAACUACAAGCUCCAGGCUCCACGGAGUGAGCCCACACUGAGUCAGCACCCACAUGAUUAUCCCUACAGCCUGGUGAGCCGGGAGCUGCGUGGGAUCAUCCAAGGGCUCCUAAUCAAGGCAGCAGGGUCUCUGGAGCUUUUUUUUGAUCACUGUCUGUUCACCAUGCUGCAAGAGUUGGAUAAGGCGUCAGCAGAGUCACUGCAUGGUUACCGCAUCUGUAUUCAGGCCAUUCUGCAAGACAAGCCCAAGAUUGCCACCUCGAACCUGGGCAAGUUCUUGGAACUGCUAAGAUCCAACCAGAGCCGACCAGUGAAGUGCCUGACCAUCAUGUGGGCCCUGGGGCAAGCAGGUUUUGCCAACCUCACCGAGGGACUGAAAGUGUGGCUGGGGAUCAUGCUGCCUGUGCUGGGCAUCAAGUCGCUGUCUCCCUUUGCCAUCGCAUACCUGGACCGGCUGCUCCUGAUGCAUCCCAAUCUCACCAAGGGCUUUGGCAUGAUUGGUCCUAAGGACUUCUUCCCACUUCUGGACUUUGCCUAUAUGCCCAACAACUCCCUGACACCCAGCCUCCAGGAGCAGUUGUGUCAGCUCUACCCCCGACUGAAAGUGCUGGCAUUUGGGGCAAAGCCUGAAUCCACCCUGCAUACCUACUUCCCUUCAUUCCUGUCCAGAGCCACUCCUAGCUGUCCUGCUGAGAUGAAGAAAGAGCUCCUGGGCAGCCUGACCCAGUGCCUGACUGUGGAUCCUCUCAGCACCAGUGUCUGGAGGCAGCUGUACCCCAAGCACCUGUCACAGUCCAGGCAAGUGGGCCUGCUGCUGGAGCAUCUGCUCAGAUCCUGGGAGCGGAUUCCCAAGAAGGUGCGACAGUCUCUGCAAGAAACUGUACAGUCCUUCAGGCUUACCAAUCAGGAGCUGCUAAAGAAGAGUAGCAAUCAGCAUGUCAUCUCCUGUGAUACAGCCUGCAAGGGCUUGUUGCAACAGGCACGGGGCCCUCGCCCACCCUGGACCAGGCUAUUUCUGUUGCUGCUGGUCUUUGUCAUAGGUUUCCUAUGCCAUGAUGUCCAGUCACACAGCUCUUUCCAGGCCUCCCUCACUGGCCAGUUGCUUCAGUCAUCUGGUUUCUUGCCUGCUAGUCAAAAAGUAUGUGCCAAGCUCUAUUCCUACAGCCUGCAAAGCUACAGCUGGCUACAGGAGAAAUUGCCAGUCUGUGGCUCCCACCUACUUACCUUGGUACAACCCAGUUUACAACUGGCCUGGACCCACACCAAUGUUGCAGUCAGCUUCCUUUCUGCCCAUUGUGCCUCUCACCUUGCCUGGAUUGGUGACAGCUUUACCAGUGUCUCUCUGAGGGUCCAGCUCCCUGAUGCCCUGCACCAGCUGCUGCAAUCUUUUAAGGAGCUGCUCGUGCUCCUGUACCAGAAUGUACUGCUGCCCCUAUGGCACCUGCUGCUUGCUGCCCUGUCCCAGGCACAGGAGCACUGCCAUGAGGCCUGCAGAGGGGAAGUGACCUGGAACUGCAUGAAGACACAAUUCAUUGAGGCUGCCCACUGGACCUGGCUCUGCCUACAGGACAUUACAGUGGCUUUCUUGGACUGGGCAUUCACCAUGAUAUCCCAGCAAUAAGGCUUUGCCUCUCGGGCCACUAUUUUCUAUCUUCGGCAGGCCAUCAGACUGCUAGAGGGCAGAGGGUACCAUUUUACUUGGUGCCCAAGGUCCGUCUCCUGAGGCAAGUGGCCAGUUGCCUCUGCCCCCGUGGCUCUGUCUUCAGAGGGCUAGGCCAGAAGUCUCAGCCUCCUGCCCACUGGACACCUCAAACCCAUUUGCACAGCUCUUGACCUUCUCUGGGCUGGUACCCUUUCUCAACUUCUCUCUUGUCUACUCUCUAUUUCCCUUAUCCCCUUCCUGAAUCUCCCAUAGCUCACCUUCAGAAAGAAGGGACUCCAGCAAAGUUAGCAAUCUUCUCUUCCCAUUCUUGGUCACUACUUUAGCCACAGCAGAAAAAAGGGAACGAAUCUUCAGAAUGGUCUGGCAGAACAGUGGAUUGCAGCAGCUUCCCCUGUGCCAGCAGCCUGGGUAUGACUGUCAGUGGAUAUGCAGGCCAAGUGGAAAUGCCUGUUACGUCAGAAUGCCCAGAACAAGCCCCCUAAGGCCACCCACACCCCCUCCAUCAGAGACCUAUUUUCUCAACUCCAACUCCAUUCCCCUUCGGUGCUGGGGGCUCUGCCUAAGAGCAGUCCCCACUGCCCCCUGCAGAGCAUGGCUCAGGCAGCUUGCCUUGGGCCAAGAGAACCUUCCAUCAGCCUGUUGAGACAAGAGUCAGCAUAUGGCUCCUGGUGUACCUAGUGAGGUGGAAUAAAGGACACAGAUUGGGUUUCUAGCUCUUAA